AUGGAAAUACGGCGCUCCGACAAGCCGCGUCCGGCCCUCCUGCACCGCCACUACCGAAGCGGUGCGCUCCUGCUUCCAUGUCCCCCUCUCAUCCUCGUGCGCCAUCGUGUACAGGCAGCGGACGACGAGUCAAGCACGACGAGUGGCCGCACGAGUUGCAAUGCGGCCGAGUCUAUCGCGCCGCUCGAGAAGGCUCUAUCGACGCUGCCAGCAACGCCAAGUGUCCGGGCCUCGCCGCUCCCGACGAUUGUGCUGGGACUCCUCGUGCUCUACACGCUCUACUGCCUCCGCGCUGUCCAGAACUCGCUGCUGCAGCUGCACGGCCGGCUCGAUACGCUGGAAGAGACACUGGUCGCGCAAGCCAGUGCGACCUGCCCCACCGAGCUGGUGCACAGCGUCCUUCGCGCGCUCGAGGCUGUCGUCCGUCACUAGUCUCUUUCGAGACUGGCAUAACUAACACUGUCCUUUCUACUAAUUAUCUCGA